GGAAAUCCCCAUUCUCUGUUUCAAAAACAUUACGUCGCGUUGUGUUUGUAUGUUGAUUUAAAAAUGGUUGAUAUAGAAGGAAGUUUUUCUAAAAACGAACGAGAUGAUUUUUACUCUGUUACAGUUGCUCAGUCUUCAUUGCAAGUUCGACUUGGUUUCAUUAGAAAGGUGUAUGGAAUCUUAAGUACUCAACUUUUUAUAACAACUUUGGUUGGUGCUCUGUUUAUGUAUAAUGAUAACAUUAAGCAGUUUGUGCAACAGAGUCCUAAUUUGCUACUGUUUGGUUUGAUUGCUUCUAUUGGCUUAAUAAUUGCUCUUGGAAUAAAAAGAAAAGAUUCCCCAACUAAUUUUUAUCUGCUCGCUGCUUUUACCUUAAUUGAAGCAUACACUGUUGGAACCAUUGUGACGUUUUAUGAUCAGUUUAUUGUAUUGGAGGCUUUUGGCUUGACCAUGGCUGUUGUGGUUGCACUGACAAUAUAUACAUUUCAAUCAAAAAAAGAUUUUAGCGCAUGGGGUGCUGGAUUAUUUGCAAUGCUUUGGAUAAUUGUUUUAGCUGGUUUUUUGCAGAUUUUCAUACGUAACGAGAUGUUUGAAUUGAUUCUUGCUGUGGCUGGUGCAAUUCUCUUUGCUGGGUUUAUUGUUUUUGAUACACAUAUGAUGAUUCAUAAGUUAUCACCAGAAGAGUAUAUUCUUGCUGCAAUUAAUUUGUAUCUGGAUAUUAUUAACUUAUUCCUUGAAAUUCUAAAAAUUCUUAAUGCAGCAAAAAGAAACUAACUAUGUAUUUAUUCUGUGGGAUUUUGAAACAUUUUUGUGAAAAUUAUGUUUUAUGAAUAUAAGAAGUUCAAAACAAAAUAUAUUUAAAA